AGGGAUUCGUCCUUCAUAUGUGCACAUGUGACCAAGGACAGGGAAUCUUGAUGCGCAGAGUAUGGCCUUGGGUCCUGAAAAGGUGCCGCCGCAGUACUUCAUCCUUUGUACAAUGCGAUUGAGCGUCUGAAAAUGUUCCCAGACAAACCGGCGGAUCCCAUUGUUCUCCGGAAUGGUCUCAUACCCUCCUCCGGCCAGCUCGUAACGCGUCUUCGGUCCUCGGACUGGCGCAUCGUCAAUGUACGGUAUCGUGAACUGGGGGAUCUCGGGCUGCAAGAUGAAGGUGACGUCGUCGUGAAAGAUUGGUACCGAGUUUGACCAGCCCAUUGGCAGGGUAACCAGUUGAAGGGCGCCAAAUGGGGACUGGAAGGUGGUGUAAUCCCGGGAGGCCUCGGAUCGUCCAGCGAAAUGCUCCGCUACUUGCUCGGUGAAAGGUGGCACUCCCGAGUGCUGGAUCGUGACCGCGUUUAGUGGUUCCAGGCUGUGCACCAAACGUAGGCUCGUUCCGUCUUUCUUCACCACGCAAAACCAUCGAGAA